AGUAGCGCUACGUUCAUGGACGGAGCAGCUCAAGGUAGUCUAGUGGCGCUGCCCCGAGUCUUAGUCGAUAGUUCCGAUAUCGAAUUCGUGAAGAUGCAACGGGCGAUCACGACGUUCUCACGAAACAUUUCUGUGUUAAGUCAGGUGAGAAUGGCUGGAGAACGUGGCUCUGGUGCUGGCAAAGGAGGAGGUGGUGGUGGCACCAUUCGCGAGGCCGGUGGAUCCUUCGGAAAGAUGGAAGCAGCCCACGAGGAUCAGUACUUUUACAAUCUGCAAAAGGAGCAGUUACAAAAGAUGCAAGAGAGUCUGCAUGAUGAGAUUUCGUUCCAUGAGGAGCAAAUCAAACGUCAUCAGGAAGCUAUAAAUCGCCACAAAAAGCGAAUCACAGAUAUGGAUCGCAAGGAAUAAAGAUAUUAGAAGUUACUGGCGUGAGACUUCCAAUUUCAGCGAUAUUAUUGAUUUCGAUAUAAAAAGAUCCAAAAAUAGUAAGGAUAAUAGAGCGUCACGAAAGUGUUGUUUUUUUUUUAAUGUAUAUGUCACUUUGAAUAGAUAUAAAAUAUACAAUGCUUUUAAUAUUAAUCAAGCAUUGACGUAUUAUCAUAUUACCUUGGAAUAUUGUAUGAAUCGGUUACCUCAAUGAGACUACCAUAAGACGCCUUUGUACGUCAAAUACCUGAAAAGGCUUGCUUAUACCUGAGAAUAAAAUGGAGUUUUUAAUCGUUGGUUAAA